AUGAGGUAUUGUAAGCUGAUGCUUGUUGUCUGUGUAGUGGCUGCAAUCAUUGCUGUAAAUGAUGCAAAUGCCAUUUGCGAUAAGAGCGAAGUGGUUGAAAAAUCUGAGUGUCCAGGUGAUCAGUUUUGUGGCGAGGCAGGAUUCGUGUGCUGCAAAGUUGUUUUCCUUAUUUUCGUCCAGUUGACAAGUCUUUGCAAAUGUGGAAACGUUGCAGGACCGCCUCCCAUAUUCCAUCUACGUGACGGACUAUCAGACGACAUACAGGGGCCACCGGUAGGCGAGUUUAAUGAGCUUUUGGAGAAUCUGAAAACUGACGGAGAGGAGUCCUGCGCCACUGAGGUAUCGGCUUAUAAUCCAAAUGUGAAUAAUUCUGAACAAUGCACGGCGCUAUACACAGUCCAACAGAUCAGAUGCAAGGCACCGAUGUUAAGGUGUAAAGGUUGCAACAAGAAUAGCCAUUCUUACUGUGUACAGCAAUACGUUAAAAACUGGUUACCUGUUUUUUGCAACGGUGGAGUAAGCUGGAAUUAUCACGAGGUCCCAUCUGGUUGCGCAUGCUUUAAACUUUCCAAGAAAGCAUCGAAAGGGAAGUAGAGGAUUUGCUAACAGUGAUGCAACUAAAGAUGUCUAACAUUUAUAAAACCGCAUGCAUUCACGGAAUCGUAGCCUUAGCUGUACUGAGUUCACUUUGCUCGAUUCAAUAGUUUGCUUUACAGCUAAACGUAUCUCUAUUGGUAUUACUAUUUAAUCUUAAAUGACGUUUCAUUUCUAAUUUUAUUUGAAAAACAAAAAGCGGCUUUAAUUUCCUUCGCAAGAUUUAAAGCGGGAAAUCCUAUUUGCAAGGUAUGAGACUUGGACUGCAUUUUUGAACUCCCCGCGGGAUAGUGCAUUGCAAAAUAUUCCCCCUGGGUAUCACGAAAAAGAACAAUGAG